ACGUGUACAAAACUCAAUCUAUUACCAUACUUUGUGAUAACUAAAGGCAAUUCAUCAGUCAGCUCGUUUUUAUUUGUAGUUUGAGCAAAUGAUUUUAAGAUCAUUCAAUAAAUCUUGUAACGGAUUAUUACUAAGUUCCUUCCAACACAGUGUUUGAUUAACAAUAGACAUUAUACUGCAAGCCAGUGAAAAGGUUCUGAAAACCUUGAAAAUGGUGAUGGCAAGGGAAAUGUUGACUGCAUUUAUUCUGAUGUUUGGAAUCCAAGCAAAGAUUGGGGGUUACGCUUCUGAAAACGGUUCGCAUGUAUGUCGACGAAUUACAGCUGACAUAGAAAUAAAGAAUCUCAUUCUAAAAUACCAACAUACAGCGACACCUUGUGCUUGUUUCGAACAGAAGAUGGCGCUUGAUUACAGUUUUCAGAAGAUUGGUAAUUGCUACAAGCAAUGGUUUUCUGAAAAUGGAUUGAAACAAAUGUGUUGUUACGACCAAUACGGUAGUCUUCUAUUUGGACCAAAUAAUGGAGGUUACCUAAUACCUGACAUUUUAGAGUCUAAUAUUGAGGAUAUCCACGAGGCUUGCUGCAAGGAUUCCGACUUAUGCGAAACGUUUUACAAAUUUUUUCCUUCAAAUAAUUGCACUGGCAGCACUGAUGUUGUACAUGCCACAUCGUGGGGAGAUCCAGAAAUUACUACUGUAGAUCAGCAUACAUAUUCAUUCAAUGGUCAUGGAGAAUACACCUUUCUCGAAACUUCAGGGAAGUUGCUGCAGAUUCAGGCUCGAACAGAUUUCUUGAUCAAAGGCAAUCAAGACUCAACAUUAUUCGUUGUCUUCGUUCUUGCGGACAACAUAAAGAAUGACAUCAUAACGAUUGUUUACAACAGAAACGACAAAACCUUGAAUCUUUUUCAACAUGACGGAUCAUUAUGGGCAAAUUCAAAGGACUGUAAAAAUAACCCUAAGCCGUCUGGUAAAGCAGGAUUCUACUUGUUCUGCUCGGAACCUUUCAGUUUUGGAAUAAUGCUUACACAAAAGACAAACAUUCAAAGGCUAACAUUCCAUGGAGGCGAUUCCAUGAGUGUUGUAGUGGAUAGUAAAAAGAAUGUCACUAGAUUUAGAGGCUUGGCUGGCAACUUAGAGCAUGGAUAUUAUAUUUAUGGAAAUGGAAGCAAAGUCAGCAUUAAUGCAACAGAGCGAGAUAUGUUCUACUUUGGUGAAUCAUGGACAGUAUCACAAGAUGACAGUAAAUUCAAUUAUAGUAUUACUGGGGGUAAUUUUACAUACUGGAACGGAAACCAUACGAGACCACAAUUCUUACAGGAGAUUGCUGAAAAGGGCGACCUAGACAAAUUGUUUAAAGGCUUUUCAGAUGCUAACAUUACCAAAUUUAAUGAAACUUGUAGAAAUUUCUGGGACAAGAAGCCUAACAAUGUCUUGUUAUUAUUGCUGAAACAAGAAAUGUGACUCAAGGAGAGUCAGUUAUGGCGGUUGCUGAAAAAAGCAUCAUACCUAUGAAAUAAAUCAUAACAAACCUCCACAUUUCAAAAACAAUACCCCGACUUUUCUGAAUGUAACCUUCGGAGUAAAUUCUAAGAUACUUGAUCUGAAACUAUACGUAACCGACGACUUUGAUGAUCCAGAAGAAAUGACGUACAACGUGGUAACACAAGUGAAAAAUUACACAUU